AUGGAUCAAUCUGCUACCCAGCGCCUUCCUGUCGAGCUCUGGAGUACGAUCCUCCACUUUGCAGUCGCCAGCCCCCUUCUGCCUUUCACUCACCACACUCGAGAAACUCUACAGACUGGCAUCGUCGAGUGUCUCGAUCUGUUCGACGUGAACUGCGACGCCUACAGCACCUAUCGAUCCAAUCAGACCAACUUGACGAACCUUCGUUUAGUAUGUCACUCAUGGGACCUCGUACUUCGAGGGCAUUAUGGCCUUUUUUCGGCUACAAAUUUGAAGAGAAGAGCAGGGAUGGUAAAGGCGAUGGAGGACCCAACGGUGGUCGAGAGGCUUCAAAUCGAUAAAUACAUGCCAGAUCAUAAGUGCUCUAAUUGUAAAAGAAGAUCCUCGUACACUUUAACGGGAUCGAAAACCUGCAGUGUAUUUAAGCAUCCUCAGGAAACCAACCUUAACUCUCCUGGGGAACUACAAAACGUUCUGAAGAAUACUUUGCACUCUGGCAUCAAAACUAUCGCUGCAAUAGUCGGAGUGGAAGAACUAACACGCAUACUAUUGUCAGUACCAAAUCUCUUGGCUCUCUCGUUCGAAUUAAAUAUCGGUUUAAACUGGAGUCAAACGAAAUCUCAGACAUUGGAUCGUCUAACACAUUUGGAGAUCUUGAAUAUCGCAUGCGAUCUCCUGAUCCUUCUCCCCACCUCCAUACGGUUUGAAAAGCUUCAAUACCUGUCUCUCCAGUUCUGGUUCUCUGGCCAAAAUUCACUCCAUGAUCAUUCCAUUGGGAAAUGGUCCCUUCCUAAUCUCAAAUCCCUGGCUCUGGAUGGUGUUGUAGAGCCUCAUUUUCAUGAGGAUAUCCGUAGUCUACUCCGUGGGUGUGCGCCAACGUUGACCCAACUGUGCCUCUCCAUCACUAAUGAGGACGAGGAAAUUGAACACCUAGGUGAUAUUUGGAAGUUAUGCCCUAAGUUGGAUCUUUAUGGGUGCAUGAUGGCCGAAAUCACGGCUCAGACAAUACAGCAGUAUCCAAGACAGCCACAUCCAGAGGGAUCACCCCAUAUCACCCCUAUUACAUUACUAUUAACUGAUUUAUUUAUACCUCUAGAUGAUCCCUGGGUAUCAGCAAGCUUAGUGAUCUCUCUCGAUCUGUUCGAC